CUUUUUUGUGUCCAAUUAGGAUCGGAAACAACUUCAACAACCUCGAAAAUGUAUAUCUGACUUGAUGAAACAUACCUCUCCUUUUACAGCCAAAUUUUCUCCAUUGAUCGUUAUCCCCACAGCAAUGAAAUUCUUGCUCCCACUUUCCGUGCUUGUUGCUUCAAGGGAGACACAAGUCAGAGCGUUGACAAAUUCAUUGGAUGCAAAUUCGUACUGGCAAAUAUAUCAAUGCUACUGCUGGUUGCGAUCAAGAGCAAAUGUACCCAUGCAUUGCAACCCAGUGUUCCGGCGAAAUCAGCUCGAGUGUCCAGCAGUCGACAUAAGGUAAGGAAAUGCCAUUCCCUGAAUGAUUGUCAGAUAAAGAUACCUCUAAGAUGAGACCGGGGCGCAAACAGGAAGGGACACUGGGUAGCGGACUGCUUGAUCGACAUGAAUGAAGAAAUUCCCUGUGAGGACGAUGUGACACCUCCGAGUCCAAGUGAAGUUGCGCAGGGAUGAGAGACACGCAACCGUCGACAGCCGUGAUAAUGGGGUAAUUUCGACUGAUGAGAUCUAAGGUAAAUAUGUAGAGGCGAGUCGUGUCCGAGUCAUGGUACUCUUGCUCACCCCUCCGAGUCUCACUAUAAUUGCAGAGGCAACUGUGAAACUGCAGUCAAGGUUAGAUUGAGACUCAUCAGCGCUCGAGCUCAGCUUCAACAUCCGACUGCCCUCCACGAACCUGUAACAUGACAGUAAUUAC